AUGCCGGUCAAUCCCCGGAGCGACAAACGACGCAAUUCAGACACCCCUCCCCAGUAUGACCAAGAAAUCCCAUCAUUCCUCGAAAGUUCGCCGUUCUUCCUCCCACCAAGUGGAGAGUUUGAACCCCAUCGCCACCAGCACCAGCACCAGCCCCGGCCCACCUUAAGACAGCUUCUCCGAUCCAGACGUGUACUCAGCCUUAUGCUCACAGCUGUCGCUCUUACCACAUUCCUGAUUUUCUUAUGGAACGGAGCCGAAGAAAGGAUGUCUCAGAAACUGGGGCGUUUAGGCCUGUUGCCUGGAGGUGGCACUAAGUGUUUGUAUGAUGCUUCAAAGCAAUCUGUGGUCCCGCCAGACCCCAAUUCUGGAACAGCAAUAGACUGGAAAACCAACGCCUACGCGACCUAUGUAACCGGCGGCGAGUAUCUGUGUAAUGCAGUGAUGAUAUUUGAGAGCCUCGCCCGAAUGGAGAGUAAAGCAGCACGGUUACUCUUAUAUCCCAACACUGCCGAGUUUUCUCUAUCAAACGGCGUGGGCCUUGAGGAGAAUAGGAGGUUGUUGGUGAAGGCCAGGGAUGAAUAUGGAGUAAAUUUGGUACCGAUUAAGGUUAUACACAAGAAGUUGAAUUACCAUCUGUGGCAAGACUCUUACACCAAACUCCUCGUCUUUAACCAAACACAAUACACGCGUGUCCUGUUCCUCGACUCCGACGCCACAGUCCUAUCCCCUAUGGACGAGCUAUUCCUCCUCCCACCUUGCAGCGCAGCAAUGCCCCGAGCCUACUGGCUAAAAAAGCCUGUUCUUACUUCCCAUAUAAUGCUCAUCCAGCCAUCGGCAUCAGAAUUCGCUCGAGUGAAUAAGGCCAUAAAGAAAGCAGGCCUGGGGACUUACGACAUGGAGAUAGUGAACCGCCUUUAUGGGACCGACUGUGUUGUGUUGCCGCAUCGGCGGAAUUGGGGAAAGCCACCAGUGGGAUCCCGAAAAAAUGUUGUCAGAGGCGAAGCUGGUCCAUUUUUCCGACCAUCCUCUGCCGAAACCGUGGAUGCAUAUCACGAUGGAUGA